AUGGCACCAAAAGGUCACUCAACUAAAAUGCAUUCGAAAAAAAAAAGUCAAUGCGCCCCUCGUCCAGAACUGUCUACUGAAGCUGUAGCUUCACCUGAACCUUCACAAGCUUCAUUGGCACUUCCUCAGAACUUCGAAUGGAAUCAGGCUUGUUUUGUUCCCAAUGCAUUCCCCAACUUAACAACUGCGUCUACUCUUCCGUUCACUCCUGAGACAACACAAUUGGUUGCCAAUUUAUUGAGUCAAUCAUUCAAUGGAGGUCCGCAGCAGACGGCUCAAGAUUCACUGUCCUACAUCUUGCAGAUGAUGAACUCCGGCUAUGCUCAAGGAACCAGUACUAAUACUACAUCCACAUCAAGCACACCUUUCCGGAAUCAGGAAUCUCAAUAUGUUGAAGCCAAAAAUACUCAAGAAACUAUCGUUAAAGCUGUAAAAGAAGAAGCUGUUAAUCUUCUGAGCACUGCAUCUGAAAAUUCCGGCACCACACCACUAGCAUUCUCAAGUGCACAAUCAGUUAGUGGGCCAUCCGCAAAUGCUCAAUUGGCAGCUCAAAAUAUUGAAAAUCCUGCACCGAGCGCUUUCAGAGAGAUGUUGAACUCUGUUUAUGCUAAAGAAAUUGGUGCCGCAUUGCCAGCUGGACAUCCUCAAUCUUCUUAUGAAAAUUUUGAGAAAAUGAUUGCACAGUUUCUGCAGAAGGUGAGCACCUACUAUGCUCAUGAAAUACGCGCGAAUGCUAAUUGGAAACCAGUUUUACUCGACAUGUGUAAUAAUAUAGUAGUAACCGGAAAACAGCCAACUUCGGCUCAAAUUCAGAAUCAACAAACAACUCCUAACGCCUCUUCUGAUAGCGAUGAUGAUGAGGUUGAAGCAUCCGAAGAGAAGUCAUCCGACAAAACAGAUGCUUCAUCUUCUUAUUCUGCUGCAUUACCAGGGUCGAAGGAAUCCAAGGCGGUCGAUCGUUCGGAUGCUGUGGCCGAUGAUCCCUCCAAUAUUUCUAACCAUGUACUAUCGGGAUUCCUAAAUACAGAAAUGCCUGGCACUGCGCCGAAAUCAUUGAUACAUCCAGCUUUUUAUCAAUGGGCUUUUCAAUUUCAAAAUCAACAGGAAUCUGCCAAUCCGUCAAUUGAGAGCGAUGAUGAGGAGAUUAUCGAUGUUGUUUCGAUUAGUCCAGAAGCCAAAAAAACAGAUAUGUAA